UCGAGAUUGGUCAUGGUAUAUGACCAACGUAAAAAACAUUCUUUUAGCACAUUCGUAUCUUAGAAUAGAAGAUACCAAAAGAUCUAAAACUUUGACAAUAAACUAUUCUCAUUAAGGUAUGUCAUUAUACAAAAUUUCAAGUUGAAAUUCAAAACUUUGUUUUUUCGAUGUUCCUCAGAGUAGAGUCUGUUACGUCUAAAUUUCUUCGGAUCCAGUUAACAAAAAAAUUUCAGAGUUGAAUCAAUUCGCCAGGUUCUAUCUAAGGAAAGUCAUGGUAUUCUAUAUGGUACUUGGUCAGUAAUAAAGUAUUAGGCUGAACUUGUUUCAUUCUAUUCAUAGCUAAUUAGAACCUACAUGAUGCACAUGGUUCCGACUCAAAAGUGAUUUUACACUUAGAAAUGUUUGUCUCAUUAGCAGACAAGCUCAUCUCACUAUCAGAUUUAUAUGGAAAGAGUUCGAGACCAAAGUUCCAGAUCUUGAUUUUAUGAUAAGAGUAGAAUGUUGUUGGAAAACUGUAUUAACAAGUUAAUAUAUAUGAGAUGAAUUGCAAAUAGUGUCGAUUUCCUGUCAGGCUGUUUUUCUAGUCUGCACAUUUACAUAUUUGAGAAGAAAAUUUGAAUUGAAAAGCUUUUUGCCAUCUGCAAAGAUUUUCUUACGAGUACUCGGCUUGAUAUUAUAUCUAACUAAAUAUAUUCAUUCUAUAUUUUGUUCGCAUCACUAUUAUUAAUUAUAUUUCUGAUUAUUAAGAAAAAAAGGUUUUUCUCAUGUCGUAUAAGAACAAAGUGAAAGUUUUUGAUAAUACUGCGAUAAAACUAUUAAACCAAUUGAAUAAGAUUAUAGCUGUUUGUAAAAUGGCUUGAUUAAAAGAAAUUCAUCUUUUUCACAGCGGUCACUUGAAGAUCUGAAGUUAUCUAUUAUUAUUAUUAUUAUUAGUUUUAAAAAAAUUGAAUAAGUCGAAAAUAAUAACAAGCUGAUUUUAAUUAUCUAAGAGAAAUAUCCCAUAGAAAUAAAUUCAAGUCGAUCUUUUGGUUAAAAAAAGCCGACAUCAGAGAUACCUUUGAGAUUUAUCAUAGUGCCAAGAAAUUUUUAGAUUUUUUUAUCUAUAUUUAAAAUAUUGGAAUCGAUAUCGUAUUAAUAGAAUAUAAAAUCGACUUGAAUUUUAAAAAUAAAAUAAAAAUUUGAGAAAGAAAAAUCUAAUUAAACGAUAUUUGUUUAGUUAGUCAUUAAAACAAACAAAGAAGAAUGUUGAUUUCAUGUUCUAUUCUAUAAUAGUUAUUUUUCAUACAGGAAAAAUAUAAUAAUAACAUAACAUUAGACUAUAGACAAUUAUUUUUCUCAUUUAUUCUUUUUUCAUCACUUCUAUUAUGAAGAUAACUGUUGAUUUUUUCAAUAAUAUUGAUUUGUUAUCUUUAUAGUUUUUUGUUCUAAUAUAGUUCAAAAAUAACUUUCAUCUUAAAAAAAUAAAAAUGUUUCGAACUUUUCUCGUUUAUGAUACCAUAACCUAGGCUUUAUUAUAUAUAUUAUUGAUUUUAUUACAUUUAUUAUUUCAUAAAAUAAUCAAUCAUCCAUAAUAAUCUAUAAAUUAAUAAAAAACUAUAAUUGAUUUGUUAUUCUUUUAUAGAACCAGUUGUAUUUAUAUGCGAAAAAAGAGUAUGUUCAACAAAUGGAAUUGUUCUUCAUGAUUCAUCGAUUAACGACGAUGUUGAUAGUGAAUUUGAAUCAUACGAUUAUUCUCAUGAUACAGUUAAAUGUGAUGUAGAAAAACGAAAAUAUAUUCGAGCAUGUCUUGCCGAUUUACUAUCAACAGAUAAAAUAGGUCAAUUAGAAUCAGCUUUACAUAUGUUACCAUCAUUAAUUGAAAUGUAUAAGAUCGAAUGUGAAGAAGUUGCUUUAGAAUUAGUUCGUAUAUUAUUAUUGUAUAAUAGUACAUUUACUAUAGAAAAUUUUCCAGAAUUACAAUUAAAUGAUUUAAUAACAUUAUGUGAAAAUUAUCCAUUAUUAAUAAGUGAUUAUUUAUGUCAAAAAUUUUAUAAAAAAAAUUAUACAACUAAUCAACGAAGUCUUAUACUUAAAACAAUUCAAGAAACAGCAACAAAAUUAUCACAAAUUAAUCGAAUACGAAAAAAAAAUUCAAGCUGA